AUGCCUUCAGACGCCAACUUGCCAGAGACGUCCUUGUGGGCGAACAGAAAAUGUCUCUUGAUAUGUGCCACCGUGGCCAUUGCGAAUAUGCAGUAUGGGCUAGAUUCUGCGGUGAUAGGAAGCCUGCAGGCUAUGCCUGGCUUUUUGGUUGUGUUCGGAUAUCCAGAUCCUGAAGCACCUGGUGGUUAUUCCAUUGGCGGCACCUUUCAACAACUGAUCAGCUCCCUACUGACGCUCGGCGCGUUCCUCAGCUCCCUCACCGCAGGCAGCUUCGCCCACUACUUCGGGCGCAAGACGGCCCUCUGGCUCGCCUGCCUGCUGACGGCCGUCGGCUGCGCCAUCCAGAUCAACACCACCGACAAGGCCGUCGUCUACGUCGGGCGGCUCAUCCUCGGCAUCGGCAACGGCUUCCUGGUCACCUUCUCCAACAUAUACACGGCUGAGGCCAGCCCGGCGCACCUGCGGGCGGUCAUGGUGGCGCUGUUCUCGGAGUGGGUCAACAUCGGGAGCAUCGUCGGCGCGGUGGUCACCAACGCGACGCAGUCGCGCCUCGACAAGGCGAGCUACCAGAUCCCCAUCGGGAUCCUGUUCGUCGUCCCCGUCGUGCUGGCCGCGGGGCUCUUGUUCGUGCCCGAGUCCCCGCGCUACCUGGUCAACAGGGGCAAGAUGGACAAGGCAAGGCGCGCGCUCGAGUCGCUCAGGGGCGGGUCGCUGCGGCCCGAGGAGCUCGAGCUCGAGUGGGUCGAGAUGGUCAAGGGCAUCGAGGAGGAGAAGAAGCUCGCGAGCACCAUAGGGCCCCUGGACCAGUACCGCGGCACAGACCUCCGCCGCACCCUGUUGUGCUACGGGGUCAUCAUGAGCCAGGUCGGGAGUGGCUCGUGGUUCGUCAUCAGCUACAGUACCUACUUCCUCAUCGUCGCCGGUCUUACUGUCCAGGAGGCCUUCAAGUAUUCCAUCCUGAACACCUGCCUUGGUCUGGUCGGUGUCAACUUCGGGAUUUACCUCAUGCGCCAUGUGGUAGGACGUCGGACCAUCCUCACCAUGGGUGCCGCAAUACAAGGAUUGUGCAUGCUUGGGAUGGCAAUUGGGGCAGGCAGCGUCAACCCAGUGGGCAGUGAGGCGGGCAGAAAUUGCCUGAUCGCUUUCUCUGCUCUGUACCUGUUCUCCUACAACGCUUUUGUUGGGGACGCGAGCUAUCCGGUGAGUACGGAAUUGGUCAGCACGAGACUAAGAAGUUGGUCGGUGGGUUCGGCCAUUAGUCUUGGAUACUUCUUCGCGUGGUUGACAGGGUUCUGCUCACCUUACUUCAUCAACCCGGAGAACCUGAACUGGGGCGCCAAGUAUGGUUACCUAUGGGCCGGAUCGAACUUUGCUUGCAUGAUCUUCUUCUUCCUUUUCAUGCCCGAGUUGAAAGGGCGAACGCUUGAAGAGAUUGAUGAACUAUUUGCGGAAAAGGUGCCGGCGUGGAAGUUCAAGAGCUACAAGACAACGAUUCAGGAGAAGGCGAUGGCUGAGGUCAGGAUGCAGGAGGGCUCAGAAGCCAAAGGUCCGGUAUCUGAGGUCGUCGAGGACGAGAAGAUGGGCCCCGGCAGCUGA